AUGGUUGCAAGCAGUCAACCAUUAGCAAGUCAAGUAGGCUUAGAAAUUUUAAGAAAGGGUGGCAAUGCUGCGGAUGCUGCAGUAGCUACUGCUGCUGCUUUGAAUGUAACAGAACCAUCAUCAACCGGUAUCGGUGGUGAUUGUUUUUGUUUGUUUUACGAUGCAAAAACAAAAAAAGUACAUGGUUUGAAUGGAUCAGGAAGAUCUCCUAAAAAACUUACUUUGCAAUACAUAAGAGAUGUUGUUGGAAUCGGUGAUGAUCGUAUGCCUCACUCCAAUAUCAAUUCUGCAACAGUUCCCGGUGCUGCUGCUGGAUGGAUUGAUACUGUGGAUUGGUUUGGUAGUGGUAAAUUGAAAAUGAUUGAAAUUUUAAAGCCUGCUAUUGAUUUGGCUGAAAAUGGUUAUCUGGUUUCAGAAAUAAGUGCAUGGCAGUGGAAGAAUGGAGAAGAUAGUCUUCUUAAAGCAUCACCAAAUGCGCAUGAAUUGUUAAUUGAUGGUCGUGCACCAGUAACAGGCGAAAUUAUCUAUCUUCCAACCCUGGCUAGGACAUUUAGAGAUUUGGCUGAAAAAGGAAAGGAUGGAUUUUAUAAAGGUCGUGUUGCUCAGGCAAUUGUUGAUUUAAUGGAAUCUAAAGGAGGUUUAAUGUCUUUAGAAGAUCUUGAAUCUCACACCACAACUCGUGUGGAACCUAUUAGCAUUAAUUAUAAAGGUGUUACUGUUUGGGAAUGUCCGCCAAAUGGACAAGGUAUAACUGCCUUGAUAGCAUUAGGUAUUCUGGAAUCGCUUCAAGAAUCUGGAAAAAUUCCUGAGAUUCAAAAACUUGAACAUAAUUCUGCGGAAUAUUUACACGCGUUAAUUGAAAGCUUGCGACUAGCAUUUGCUGAUUCUACAUAUUAUGUGACAGACCCUGACGUUCACAAUGUUCCUGUAAAGGAAUUGCUAUCAAAGGAAUAUCUUUCAUCGCGAGCAAAACUUUUUGAUCCUACAAAGGCUUCUGUAGAUGUUCAAAAAGGAUCGCCUAUUAACUCGAGCGAUACUGUAUAUUUUUCAGUAGUAGAUAAAGAAGGAAAUGCGUGUAGUUUUAUUAAUUCAAAUUAUUUGGGAUUUGGAACGGCAGCAAUUCCAAAAGGUUGUGGUUUCUCACUUCAAAGUCGCGGAGUGGGAUUUGUAUUAAAAGAAGGACAUCCAAAUUGUCUUGAACCAUCCAAACGACCAUAUCAUACUAUAAUACCUUCAAUGGUGACAAAAGGAAAUGAGUUAUGGUUAACUUUCGGAGUUAUGGGGGGAUUUAUGCAGCCACAAGGGCAUGUGCAAGUUAUCUUGAACUUGUUACAUCAUAGUAUGAAUCUACAGACAGCACUGGAUGCACCACGAAUAUGUAUUGGAACUCCAAAAAAAGUUCAAGAAGUUUUUACUUCCCCAAUAUUUGUGGAAGAAGGAAUUGAUGAGAAUGUUGUACAAGAACUGAGAAAACUCGGUCAUGAUGUGAAGAUUGUGAAAGGUUGGAAUAGAAAGAUGUUUGGUAGAGGCCAAAUCAUUGAACGAACCAUUGAUAAAAGAUCGGGUAAAGGUGUUUUAGCUGGUGGUAGUGACCUUAGAGGUGAUGGACAAGUUGUUGCCUUGUAUUAA